AUGUCCCACCCACUCCCCAGACGCAUCGAUGUACACUCUCAUUUUCUCCCGCCAUUCUAUCGCACUGCACUAGCUGAUAAUGGGCACUCGAAGCCCGAUGGCAUGCCCGCCAUCCCAGAAUGGUCUCUUGAACGCCAUCUUGAGAUGAUGGCCACGGCCAACGUAUCGAAGUCCAUCCUUUCCGUAUCCUCGCCUGGGACGCACAUUGUACCGGGCAAAGAUGAAUUGGGUCGGGAUCUAACGCGCCAAUGUAACCACUAUGCUGCGCAGCUUAAGAAGCAGCAUCCCGAAAAAUUUGGCGUGUGGGCUGCGCUACCAUUACCAGACGUCGAAGCUGCGUUGGUAGAGAUUGAAACGUGCAUUGGUGAAGGGGCGGAGGGUUUUGGGCUAAUGACCAACUACCAUGGGAAUUAUGUCGGUGAAAAGGCACUGGAUCGCGUCUUCGACAAACUCAACCAAAUCGGCGCAACCGUUUUUAUUCACCCUACAAAACCAUGCAUAAAGCAUGGCAACACAACAUCGACUGCGCAAACCACUGAUGCGCUGCCCUUUGGCGACCAAUACCCUGUCCCCAUUUUUGAAUUCUUCUUCGAUACCGCGCGCGCUGUCAUCAACCUCUUCAACACAGGGACCGUGGAUCGCUGCCCAAAUAUCAAGUUUGUCAUUCCACAUUCUGGAGGUGCCCUGCCACCGCUGAUGACACGCUUCAUUCAGUUUUCCAGUGUGGUGCCCGGUGGGAGGGUGUUGAAUGCUUCAACAGUACGACGACAACUAGAAACCCAGUUUUAUUUUGAUCUAGCUGGCUUCGCCUUUGACGGAGAAAGUGGCGGGAACGGACAGCUGAAAGCGUUUGUUGAGGGAUUCAACAUUUCGCAUGAGCAAUUGCUGUACGGGAGCGACUUUCCCUUUACGCAAACGCAGUUCGUCAAGUCAUUUGCAGAUCGGAUGAAGGAUGGUCUGGAGAAUCUCUUCAAUGAAGAACAAAGAAAUGCGAUAUAUGAGGGCAACGCGGUGAAGCUACUAGAAGAGGGUAACCAUGCAAGAAUGAGGUUUGAGCGACUCUGA